UGUUAAAUAAUUUACUUUUUAAAUGUAAUAAUAAAAUAAUUGUUAAAUUUUAUCUGAUAAUAAUUAUAAAGUGAAAUAUAUUUUAAAAAAUACUGACAUACAUUUUAUAAAACAUAUAAUCUCAAAUAAAUAUAUAAAAUUUUCAUAACCUCAAUCUAGAAGUGAUAAAAAAUGAGUUCAGAUUCAAAAAAAAUAAUCGGCACAUGUUUUUCAAUGUGUUCAGAAAAAGAACGACAUCUAAGAGAACGAGAAGGUUUGUUAAGUAUUUUAGAGAUCGAUGAAAAAACUAAAAAUCAAAGGCACAAAAAAGCUGAUCCUGCUAAAACAAUAAAAUGUUUUCAAAGAUCCAGCGCAGGGAAGUCGUUUGCGGAUGAUCCUAGUGAGUUGAGACCAGGACCAGUACUCCUACUCACUGUCAGAUAUUUACUUAACAAAGUUUCACUCCGAAAAGACGUAGACUGGAGCUUAAUUUACGAAUUUACAUUUGACAGGAUCCGGGCAAUAAGACAAGACAUGAUCAUACAGAGACUAGAUGCACUAACGAGUAUUAAAAUUCUAGAACCAAUUGUGAAAUUUCAUAUUUAUGCUGCUGAAAGGAUGCGGGAGAGACCUUUGAAGGAUUAUGUUCCCAAAUUCAAUGAUCAGCAUUUACUGGAAUGUAUCAAACAAUUGCUCGUCCUGUAUGACGAACUAAAUUAUGCCAACGCUGAUGUUCAUGAGGAAAAACAACCGACAGACAAAUUCGAAAAAAAUGAACAAUUCACCAACAGAUGCACCAUUGAAGCUGUAUAUCUCCUGCUCUAUCUGGGCGACCCAUCGGCUCUAUCACGCGGACUGUCUCUCCCCAGCACAUACAGGAACUCACCGGUUGUUCAGCAAGCACUGGAAAUAUCUCUUGGAUGGUACUUGAAAAAUUAUGUACGAGUGUGUCGUAAAGUCUCUCAGCUGCCUUCUUUACUUGCUAUGGCUGUUUUGAAUAACAUCAGAUCCAUCAGGAGGGACGCUCUGGAAAUAAUGAGUGCGGGAUACCAAAGUAAAAUUUUGACGUUUCCUGGUGAUAAAUUAAAAGAAAUUUUAAUUUACAGUGAUAUGAAAAAAGUAUCUACAGAUUGUAAGUUACUGGGUAUAGACUUUGUUGAUAGUAAUCUUCAUUUUAAACAUAGAUUGAAUACUGAUUCGUUGACGAAUCCAGAAAAGACAUUCAGUGAUACUCAGCUUGAUAAAUUUUUACCGUAUAUAUUUUUUUAAACUAUACUGUGGGUUUAUUAUUAAAA